GUAACUGAAAAGAAACCGAUGAACAAGUAAAGUGUUCAUCUCUCUCUCUCUCUCUCUCUCCCCAUCUCUCUCUCUCUUCCUCUCGUUUCAGCCAACGUCGUCGUCACGAUCCAACGACGAUUCAGCUCCGAACCACCAUCGAUUCUCGCUUCGACACCUCAUUCCUUUUCAUUUCCUCGUCCUCUCUCUCAAUUCCCCUCCAAUUCAAAGCCCUAAUCUCCCCCAAUUCAACCCCACCUCACCUCCUUUCGAGAUUCCACGACCUGGGUCUUGAUCCCAACCAAUCAAAUCUCAGAAGCCCUCAAAAUUUCUCAACAAAGUCACCACCUUUCAAUCCCUUCUCUGUUUUGAAUGGACGCAACCACGGAGUCAACCUCCCACACGGAAACCCUCAACGGCACCCACGAGUUCAAGAUCAGCGGCUACUCUCUAAUCAAAGGCAUGGGCGUGGGCAAAUACGUCGCCUCCGAGACCUUCACCCUCGGCGGAUACUCCUGGGCCAUCUACUUCUACCCCGACGGGAAGAGCCCCGAGGAUAACUCUGUGUACGUGUCUCUCUUCAUUGCAUUAGCGAGCGAAGGAGCUGACGUCAGGGCUUUGUUUGAGCUCACGCUCGUUGAUCAGAGCGGGAACGAAAGGCAUAAGGUUCAUAGCCAUUUCGGGAGGACGCUCGAGAGUGGGCCUUAUACUCUUAAGUACAGAGGAAGUAUGUGGGGAUACAAGCGGUUUUUCAAGAGGAGUCUUUUGGAGUCAUCUGACUAUUUGAAGGAUAAUUGUUUGUUGGUUCGGUGUUGUGUGGGGCUUGUGAAGUCAAGGACAGAGGGACCGAGGAGUUAUAAUAUCCCUGUGCCGGUUUCUGAGUUUGGUCGUCAGUUUGGGAAGGUUUUGGAGAGUGGGAGAGGAGCUGAUGUGACUUUCCAUGUUGAUGGAGAGACGUUUCCUGCUCAUAAGCUGGUUCUUGCAGCUCGUUCUCCUGUUUUUAGAGCGCAGAUCUUUGGCCCGUUGAAGAGCCGUGAUACUGAAUGUAUUGACAUAGAAGACAUGGAAGCUCCCAUUUUUAAGAUGUUCCUACAUUUUAUCUACUGGGACGAAUUGCCUGAUAUGCAAGACGUUAUGGGGACAGACUUGAAAUGGGCAGCGACUCUUGUGGCUCAGCAUCUGCUUGCGGCUGCAGAUCGUUAUGCUCUUGAACGACUUAGAACAAUCUGCGAGUCACAACUCUGUGAAGGGAUUAGCAUCAACACGGUUGCAACCACCUUGGCUCUAGCAGAGCAGCAUCAUUGUUUCCAGCUGAAAGCUGCUUGCCUCAAAUUCAUAGCUUCGCCAGAGAAUCUAAAAGCUGUGAUGGAAACCGAUGGGUUUGAUUAUCUGAAAGAAAGCUGCCCGUGCUUACUAAGUGAGCUUCUGGAGUAUGUGGCUAGGCUUAGUGAGCAUUCUUUAGCAUCUUCAGGGCAUGGGAAGGAGUUAUAUGUCGAGGGUUGUGACGUGAAUGGGAGACGAGUGAAGCAACGGUUACACUAAGUAGUAACUAACUCUUGAGGGUGAGAGUACUGAUGUUGGAGACAUUUGUAAAACAGAAUUGUAGAAGAGUCUUGAUUUGUGUAUUUGUCGUCAUUUGUAAAAGGAUUAGUGAUUGUGAUCUGUGUUGUCCAGUAAGUAGAGUGAAAAUGUUGUAUUUUUUUGUAUGGUCCCCAAAGAUUCUAUGAACAAAACUACUUAUCUCAAGAAAAAAAGGUUUCAUAGAGUA